AUGUCCACCCCCAUCGACCAACUCCAGCCCCCCCCUCCCCUUCACUCCUCCCACGCCUCCGUCGGCCCACUCAUCGCCGUCCUCGCCGUCAUUUCCAUCCUUGGCGUCAUUGCCGGUAUGAUUGGCCGCCUCUGCUCCGGCCGCCCCGUCUUCGGCUACGGCGCACACUACGACGUCGAGGAUUGGGUCGAGAAGAAAUGUGCUUCCUGCCUCGAUGGCUCCCUCGACCCUCCUCCUCCUCCUCCUCCUCCUCCGCCUCAUCUCCGCCACCCACCGCCUCUGGAUUCUGUUCCUGUGGCCGAACCUCUUGGUGGGCCACCGCCGGAGAUCAAACAAGGCGCCGAUGCCGAUGCCAAAGGGGAGAAUUUGCAGUCGGCGGCUCCUGGAACUGGCGGUGAGUCAUGA